CACUAGGCUUAGUUCACGUUGAGUGCUCCUUGCACGCUUGCGUGGGUUGGCGUGAAUUUAAAGAUAUUUUCGUAUUUUUUUCUGUCUGUGGGGCUGAAGUAAAACGAAAAAAUUAGUCUGAUUCUCUCCUAGGCUGUUCUCAACUUAUUUUUUUUUCUUUAAACAUGAGCAAGAGACAGAAGCUGGAUGACUCCACUGCAGCGGAGGUGCCAGCUGCCAACAGCUCUGAGUCUGACAGUUCAGAGGAGGAAGAUGAUGAUGUGGAGGCUGCCAAGCCAGAAGAGAUCUGGGGAUACAGCACCAAACUUCCCCAGCGCACAGCACCACCUGACAUCAAGCACAAGUGUGAUGUGCUGAACCUCAAGUUCCACCCUCAGGCAGACAGACUGGUGAUCUCCACAGUUGAUGGGAAAAUAGCCAUCCACAGCUACAGCGCCGAGCGGAGUGACCUGGCGCUGACGCUGCCCAAGUGCCGGUCGACGUGUCGCGCGCUCGAGUUCUCCGGCGACGGCGGCCAGCUGUUCUCCGGCUGGGCGGACGGAUCGCUGCGCAUCCACAGCAUGGAGACGGGCGCGCUGAAGCGGCGCCUGCCGGCCGCCCACCCGUCCGGCGUCUACAGUGUGCUGCCGCUCACCGAGCGGAUCGUGGCCUCGGGCGACGAUGACGGCACCGUCAAACUGUGGGACUACCGGGCGCGGAAGGAAGUGAUGAGCGUCAAACAGUGCGAGGACUACAUCAGCGACCUGAUCGCCGACGACGACCAGCGCUACCUGGUGGCGUCGUCGGGCGAGGGCACCAUCACCUCCUUCAGCCUGCGCAGCCGCACCGUCCACACCCAGUGCGACAUGUACGAGGCGCCGCUGACCUGUAUGACGUUCAUCAAGGAGCAGAAGAAGCUGGCCGUGGGCAUGGCCUCCGACCAGGGCAAGGUGCCCAUCUUCAAAUGGGGACACUUUGGCGAACACGUGAAUGUGUUCAAGGGCCACCCGUCGUCGAUCAACGCUAUGGUGGCGGCCACCGACUCGCUGGUCAUCAUGGGGUACGACGACGGAGAGAUCAGGGCGUGCAACAUCUUGCCGUACAAGUAUUUCGGCGUGGUCGGCCAGCACCGCAAGCUGCCCGUAGAGGCGCUGACAAUGUCGCGCGACGGCCGCCUGCUGGCCUCGUGCUCGCACGACCAGCUGGUGCGCUUCUGGGACGUGGCCUAUCUGUACGAGCGGCGCUUCGAGACGCGCGGCAUGGAGUGGCAGCAGCGCGCCAAAAAGGGCGACGCUCAGAAACUGCUGCCCUCGUCCAAGGUGAAGCCGGCGGCCGACUUUUUCAGCGACUUGCCCAAGGACGACCAGGGAGGCACCUUCUUCUGGGACUGAAUGGGGAUGUAGGGGGGGGGGGGUAGGUAAAUAAUGUCGGUGCUAUGUGAUCCAUCAAUUGACGCGUCUGAAUAUAUUUGUUUUGUUUGUACCGCACUGUCUGAGGCAGAAAAAAAUGCAAUUUGAGCGAAUAUCCGCCAUGCUGCAUGAGUAGCUUGUAACGCUACUGAAUUUUCCACAGAAUAUACAGUGGGUUUUCUCGUGGUGGCAUUAAGGCGAUGCAUCAUAAAGUCAACUGUUUCUUGUGACACAGACAUACCCGUAGCGUUCGGCUCAAGUUUUUUUUCGAACUCGUGUCGCCCUCUCGCUGCCCGUGACGGAGGGAAAGCAACGGAGCAAGGGCAGCCCAAUGGAUGAUGGCUCACUGAUUUCAGUAUCAUCAGCUAAAAUCACUUUCCUAUUCGAACGGUGUAUGGGCAGAACAAUGUACGAUGAGUGGAAUGAAAAUGUGUAUUUAUAGUGAUCCAGAGAUGAUGCAAACUUUCGUUGGCAGCACGGUCAUUCUCGUUCAACGAUAAUAUUCAAAACAACGGCCGCAGAGCGGUGACGAUCACCGAAUUUCUGAAAGGCACGCAUCUGGACUGCAUCUGCAGUGCACGGCUGCAGCGCCCAGAUCAGAGGUUCUCCCUAUCCGCGCCAAUGGUCCCUGCCCGCACAGUAGCUGGUGCAACUCGCACACAUUUCGUGACGGGGACUACUAUAACUGUUUGUAUAGCGGAACGAGCGAUCCGUCGGAAAGUGAACUAUCCGAACUCAUUCAUCAGCUGACCGGCCGUUUAUAUCGCCGCAUAAGAACGCCGCCCGGCCGUCUCUUCACCAGGUCAAAUGACUGGCGUGUGUCACCAGUGUCGCCUGUCAGACACCGGCGUUCCCAUCGGCUAACAGCUGGUAUCUACUUGGAUAAACAGCCACCAGACCACACUACGCUUACCUCAGCUGGUUUGGCACGGCUUAGUAACUCCUCAACACAAACAACGAACGUCUUCUCAGUACAAACGAUUCGAGCACCCCGCUUUCACGUACACAAAUCAAUAAAACGAGUCGCUCGGACACACAAACGGAAGUCUCUGCACUAUAACCUUUCAGCGAGCACCGUUGACUGGGACGGCCCCGGCUCACCCAUCGUAAUCAAAGUACUCGUCGGCCGGCUCGUCGGAGGGGUCGUCUUCCCUCAGCAGCCAGGCGGCGUCCUCUUCAAUCAGCUGUUAGACACAGACAAAGAGGGCGGGUCAGCCGGACAUACAAGACAAAGAGGGGGAGAGGGGGGGGGGGGCAGCGAGGCAUACAGGAGGCGAGUCAGCCGCACAUACAGACAGAAGGGAGGGUCAGUCGGGCAUACAGACAAAGGGCAGGUCAGCCGGACAUUACAGAAUGGGGGGAGAGGCAUCAGCUUACACAGUACACCUACUGUAAGACGCAGGACGGGGAUUAGAGGUCUGCCAGACAUGGCACGACAC